GCUUGUAUUGUGCUACUUAAGCGGCUGCAGCGCAGAAGAUACGCGCGCGCCCGUUCUCGACGCAUUACGGUAGACCAAACUGUCCUCUAACACAUCGCCAACACAAGAGACAAGCGGAGUAAUUCAACACUGAUUUCUCUGCGAAUGAGCGAGGAACAGACGAGAUGCCAAAAACUCCAGCGAGAAGUAUUAUUGGGACUUUAGGAAAACUCACCGUGUGACUAACUGAAAGAAACAGAGAAGACCUGAAGCGACGAGGAGACGUAAAGAGCCGCGUGCUUGUUCUUCAUGAACUUUGAGGAGCGCUGUGACCAUGCAGCCUUUGAGCUAGUGCACGAUUAUUGUUUCCACUUAUCACCCUACUGAGUGACCAGUCUGAGAGAGGAAGCCAGUCAAAAAAGGAAAGGAAGACUAAUAAAGGCAGUUGUCGUUGAAAGUAAUGGUCUGAAGGCGACACUCAUAGAACAGGAUUUUUUCCUUUUUUUUUUUUUUUUUUUUUUUUUGCGUUGCUCUUCUGAAGGUUUCUGGAAUCACUGGGACGUUGACGAGAGCUGGAGGGACACAUCCACAUGGUCCAGCCGUAGAGUGAAAGUAGAGUUCUUCACAAUAUCCGAACAGGUGCCACGUGAUGAUGGUAGAAUCAGCAACUGAGACCAUUCGAACAACACCCUCCAAUCAAAAUGGAGUCAGCAGCCUAAGCAGCCAAUCAGACGGCGGAGGAAGAGAGGGUGGGUCCAACGGUGACACCACUGGGGAGAUCAGCCCGGUGGAUUUACUGCAUCUUCAACAGCAGCAGGCCCUCCAGGCAGCACGCCAGUUCAUCCUCCAGCAGGCCACAGGACUCAACUCCCCCAGCAGCAACGAGGUCAAACAGAGCCCCGUGCAGGUGCCGGUAUCCAUGGCGAUGAUGACCCCACAGAUGAUAACUCCUCAGCAGAUGCAGCAGAUCCUCUCUCCACCUCAGCUCCAAGCUUUACUCCAACAGCAACAAGCCCUUAUGCUGCAACAGCUGCAGGAGUACUACAAAAAGCAACAGGAGCAGUUGCACCUCCAACUCCUUACCCAGCAACAGCAAGCAGGGAAGCAGGCCAAAGAGCAGCAGCAGUUGGGGAAUAAACAGUUGGCUUUCCAGCAGCAGCUGAUUCAGAUGCAACAACUACAGCAGCAACACAUUUUGAAUCUACAAAGACAGGGCCUGGUGAACCUACAGCCGGGACAAGGAGCAGUACCCAUUCAGAGCCUGCAGCAAGCCAUGUGUCCCACGGACCUGCAGCAGUUGUGGAAGGAUGUGGCCUGUGUUCAGAGCACAGAGGAGGCCAUGAAACACGAGGGCCUCGACCUGACCACCAACAGCUCCAACACUACCUCAUAUUCAGCCUCCAAGGUCUCACCUCAAAUCCCCCAUCAUCCUUUGCCAAAUGGACAGAACUCUGUUCACACUCCAAAGAGAGACAGAGCAAGACUCUUUGAGUGGAUCUCGUCCUUCACCAAGGAGUCCAGUGACGAGCAUCUCACGCCUUAUUCCAAAGGCACUUCCCUGCAGAGCACUCACUCAACCCACGAGGAACACACGGCCUCCCACCCACUCUACGGACACGGCGAGUGCAAGUGGCCUGGCUGUGAAGCGCUUUGCGAGGACAUGGGCCAAUUCAUCAAGCACCUGAACAGUGAACACGCCCUGGAUGAUCGCAGUACGGCCCAGUGCAGGGUCCAGAUGCAGGUCGUUCAACAGCUGGAGAUACAGCUGGCCAAAGAGAGCGAGCGUCUGCAGGCAAUGAUGACCCACCUGCACAUGCGUCCAUCAGAGCCAAAGCCUUUCAACCAACCUUUGAACCUGGCCUCCAGUGUUUCGCUGUCAAAAAGAGAAAGUGAGGGGUUUCCUGAGGGCUUGCCUCAUCCCCCCACCUCUGCCGCAACUCCCAUCACCCCCAUGAGGCAGGGACCCUCCGUCAUCAGCUCCUCCAGCCUGCACGGAGUCGGGCCCAUCCGUCGGCGCAACUCCGACAAGUUCUGCACCCCCAUCGCUUCAGAACUUGCACAGAAUUGUGAAUUCUACAAAAACGCUGAUGUCAGGCCUCCAUUCACCUACGCCUCCCUCAUACGACACGCCAUUCUGGAAACCCCUGACCGACAGCUGACUCUAAACGAGAUCUAUAACUGGUUUACACGAAUGUUCGCCUAUUUCAGGAGAAACACAGCAACAUGGAAGAAUGCCGUGCGCCAUAACCUGAGUCUGCACAAGUGCUUUGUGCGGGUCGAGAACGUCAAGGGUGCUGUUUGGACCGUGGACGAAGCGGAAUACCAAAAGAGGAGACCACCAAAGAUGACCGGAAGUCCCACUCUCGUGAAGAAUAUGAUUUCUGGGCUGGGAUUUGGCUCCCUGAAUGCCAGCUAUCAGGCUGCACUUGCGGAGAGCAGUCUUGGUCUUCUGAACAGCCCCACCCUGAUGAACAACAGCACGGGUGCGAGCCUCAACAUGCUGCAUGUCGGCCACGAUGAUGUCAGCAGCACUGUUGAACAAGUCAACAGUAAUGGCAGCUGCAGCCCUGGCCUUUCUCCGCAGCAGUAUGGACACCAAGUCCACGUGAAGGAGGAGCCAGCCGAGAUGGAGGAGGACAGGAGACCCGUGUCCCUCAUGACAUCUGUCACUCAAAACCUGAGCAUGCCUGCCGAUGAGCGCGACAUGGAUGAGGAGCUUCCCACAGAGGAGCUGGAGUAGGAGCUCGCUGGCCCUGGCCCUCCCUCGUAUUCAAGAUGUUCAAGAUCAAGUGAGAAAACAAAGAUAAAAAAACCAACUACAACUUCAGAAACCAAAACAGGGUUAGACCUCAUCAGCUCCUAAUGCAAAAACACGUCCCCCACUCCACCCUUCAUUUUUUGUUUCUUCAGUCAGUCCCCUCGAGCAGCUGUGCGUUCAUGUCCUCCUGUACUUUGAAUCACGGUCUGAUAGAAGCACAGACCACCGUGUCUAAAGCUACUGAUGGAAACCUGACGUCAGUUUACAAGCUUAGUCAUUUGUUUCCCUCAAGGUUUCUCUAUUUUAAAUCUUUUUUAGCUUUAAUGUUGAUGUUCUUUGGGCCCUAAGAGCACUGCUUUUCCAUGGGAUAAACACACAGCGGUGAUUUACCUCAGAAAGAUGAAAAAAAGAGGAAAAAGAUGACAAACACACAUCUUUAGAACGACUUCUGCUUUCAACCAGAUUUUUGUACUUGUUCAAGAGGAUGCUGCAAGACUCAGUAACUUUGCGGUCACACAGAUAAAUUCACCACUCUCGACAAAGGCAAAGACUGAAACAAAAUGAGCUGAAAGACUGGCAACGUUGUCCCUGGCCAUUUGACCAACUCCCUUUUUUUUUUUUUUUUUCUCCCUUCCAUGACUGGACUAGAGAAACGGGGAGCGCGUUUUGUCUCGAGGCAGUGUUAGCGGAUGCUUGCGCUGUCCCUGUCUUUAUCUAAUGCUAUCCACAAGACUACCAGAACGUGUUUUCCCCCCUCGCUCUUUGUCAAACUAAACAUAGAAUAUGUUGCUACCCCCAAAAAAGGCGUUUUUCAGGAAAAGGAGCUCUUUGGCUGUUGUUCUCCUGUGGUGCUGUUAUGACAGCCAGACUGAUAUGAGGCUUGUGGAGGACCAGCUUAGAGACUUUAUUGACUGUAUUGUUGAUUAUAAUACAUAAUAUGUGUGCAGUAGCUUUCGAUUUUGUUUUAUUUUCAUAGUCAUUUCUUUCUAAAGGAUCGACAUUUUUGAUUGUGAUGUAAUUCAACUAUUGUUUUCUGUUAAUGAUUGUUUUGUUUCUUUUUAUUCUCUCAUCAUUCCAAAGGGGUUACAUUUAGGAGAGAAGUUCCAAAAUCCCUUAUUCUACAAACUCCACACCAAAAAAAAAAAAAAAAGUCCUAGUAUUCUAGUGUUGCGUCACAUGUAUUUGAGGAUAGCACUUAUGAUUAAGUGAAAAUUCCGAAACAGAGCCACAGAUGAAAUCUAGCAUUAAAAACCACUCGCUCAUUUCUUUAACAGAGAGAAGCUGAAACUAAAGAGACAGAGGUGAAAUACACAUUGCAGGGCUCCCUGUAAGAUCCAGGAGAAAACUUUACAGGCACUCGUAUUUUUUUUUUUUUUUUACAAAUUUGCUUCAUUUGUUCAUUUAGUUAAAAAUUGUAGAUUUAAUUUUUUACAGAUUUGCUCCAUUUACAGUGUUUAAGAAUUUUCUAUGGUAGACAAUUGUUAUCAGCUGCGAUACAAAAUAUUGCUUUAACGUAAAACAUAACAUGGUCACAGAAUACCUCAGACCACAGUGUUUGCCCCUCACGCUGUUAUUACAAAGGGGAUUUGUGCUGUGGCUAACCAACAUGGUGACUCUCAUUAUCAGUUCAAAGUUCUAUAGUUACUAGAUAUAUAAAAGUGAUUUGCAAUCCACUGUGUGAGUAGAAAGUGUCUGAUUAGCAUUUUGCUUUCACCGAACUAUAUAUAUAUAUAUAUAUGUACAUAUAUAUAUAUAUAUAUAUAUAUAUAUAUAUAUAUAUAUAUAUAUAUAUAUAUGUACAUAUAUAAUAUCUUUUCUCAGUAGUGCCAUGCCAAAUUCUGAGUUUUAAUUUAAGAUAUGUUGCUUUUUCAGUUUUUCCCCAUUUUACUUUUGUUACAGGUAACCAAAGAUAUAUUUAGUAAACCAAAAACUCUUUUUUUAUUUAUCAUUUCUUCUUCCUAAGUUACUGGCCAAAAAAACACAAACUCGUCAUAUGAAUAUUUGAUUUUUCCUUUAUUUUUUCCCAGCCAAAUCUUUUUUUUUUUUUUUUGACCUACACUACAGAGCAUUCCAAAAACCAAAGUGUAAAAUGCAAAUGCUUUUUUGUUGUUGUUGCUGUUCAAAAAAAAAAAAAAAAGAGACAGCUGUUUUAAUAUACGUUAACCUAAUAAGUUCUUAACACUACAUAUGUUUAAAGGCCAAAAAACAAAUGGAAACAAAAAGCAAAAAAAGCAGUAUUAAUAAGCCUCUUGAGGUUCCUUAGUUAAUGUACAAGCACUUACAAUCUGCGAAAGGAAGAUUUCUACCCCAUCUUGUGCUCAGGCGAUUGGCAGUGUUGAGAACGCAGUCUUCACUGUCUAAGAUUGCAAAGGACUUUACACGCAAAAGGCACUUGAAUAAGCCAGCAUCAAUUACUCAGCAUUAUGGUUAACUUCAAUUACCAGUAUUUCACAAUUAAACGCAGUUCAACAAAUACCAAAACAAGCAGGCAAGCACUAACUUGCUUGUGCUUUUCCUGCCUGUUGAACAGUAUUAUUUACCACACUAAUAAGGGAUGUCUGAUAGGGAAUCUUUUCAAAUGCGACAGGAAUCAUUUUAAGGGCGGUUCAAGUAAUUAUUUUCCACUUUUUUAUGUUGGAGGAUCUUUAUUUUUCGCGGUUUGAUGUACCAUCUCUAUGUUCAUUUCAUACACACCUUCAAAAAUAAAAAAAUAAAACCAAAAAUAAUGCUACCUCCUUUUAAAAAACGGUUCACAAAAUAGAUAGGCCAAUGAAAGUCACCUAUAAUCAAACAAAAGAUGUAAAUCCCUUCUAGUUUUUCAUUCACCCACAAAAUUCAUUUUUUUAUAAAAAUAAAAAAAAACAUAUUGUUGAAAUAACCAAAAUAUGUUUGUCGUUGCAUAGCUGUAAACGGAGUUUGUUGAUUCCUCUCAAUUCCAAAUUCAUUUUCAUGAAUUCGGCUUCAUGAAUGGAAACAAAUAAACGAGACACAAUGGGGGGGGGGAGACGACCUACCUCUCUAUACCCUCCUAAAAAUAAAUAAAACCCUGAGUCCUGUUAAGUAUGAAGCAUUAGGUGGUCAACAUAUUUAAAAGGGUCUACUCCAAAUCACAUAUUCCCCACUUUAAGUGAUCUAUUAGCAUAGUGUCUAUGUACAGGUCCUCUGUGCGAAGGCUUAAUUGUGUGUUCUAAUUCCGCAUGCAUAAUGAGAGGCCAGGCCAAUGAGAGCCAUCAAGCUGGCCGGUCAUUAGAGCGUACUCAAUGGGCCAGUCAGCUGGGUGUCAGAAAUGAUGAUAGGCAAAAUGCAUUAAUGCAGGCCACUCUCACAUAGACCCCGCUUCCCAAUUAAUGCAAAGUGUAGUUUUGUGACAGCAGUUAAAAAAAAUACCACACACACACAGACAGUCUAUCCCUGAGCGAUCAUCAUGCUCCUGCUAAAACGAGCCUUUAUUUUUACCAAAAUAUCCAAAGAGAACCAACAAGCUUGUGCUACAAGAACUGAGGAUUGCAAAGGAAUUGAAAAACGCUCACAUAUUAAUUGCUGCAUUGACUAAAUGGACUACAAUUGUGCUUUAAGGCACGCGUGUAAACAAAGCUGUUUUGUACGAUGUGGACUAAAGGGCAUCAGUGGUGAUUGCCGUGACUCCUUCGUUACUUUUACACACGUUGUAAUGAUGUAUUAUUGUAUAUUACCGCUCAGCUUAGCUCUCAAGGGCAUUCCCUGCUUUCCGUGUUUCCUUUACUUGUUUUCUUUUGGCUUUUAUUUUUCCGCACCUGUUUUUAGCUAUUGUGAAGUUUUGAGCUCAGAAUUUCAUAUACUGUAUUGCUUAUGCUAAAGUCUAUGUAUUUAUAAUAAUAUGUGCUGCAGGUAUCAUGGUUAAAAAAGAAAAAAAAAAUCUUUAUUUUUUUUUUUUGGUUUUGUUUUCCCAGAUUUUCUGUCGUAAACUGUCUGGGACGAUGAUUUUUUUGUUUUUCUUUUGUAUGUAUUAUCUCUCGAAAAAGAACAGAUUAAGAGUUAGAUAAGUGGUUAAGGUAACACACCUGUUUGUAUAUUUAUCUUAGCUAGGUCUAUUUUGAUACUUUUCGUCUCUGUAGUGCAUUAUGCAUUUUUAAGGAAAAAAGAGAGAAAACAAACUAAAAAGUUGAACUCGUUGUGUAAUGAUACCUCAGAAGGACUUUUCUCAAAAGACAGGACCAAAACUUCACAAAAACAAUGAAAGAGAAAAAAAAGAAGAAAAAAUGUGUAGCCCUAUCUUGCUUAUAAGAAAGAGCAACUUUAAGGUGUUUUUUUUAAUUAUUGGUUCUUUUAGGUGCCAAUAUGUGUACAGACUCCCUUUAAAGUCAAAUCAUUCCUUUAUUUACCAUGAGCACUCAAAGCUGUCUCUCAUAGGGCAACCGCGCUCCAGAUUUAUAGAGAAUUUCUCUGAGAAAGUGCAUGGAUGAGUUAUGCUGACUGAGUGAGUCUUUCUUGUUUUCUGGCUUCUCUGCACCCUCAUGGCUUUAAAGAUGCCAUGCUAACUUUUUUCCGGGGCUAUCAGAGGUACACAAAAUUCAUACAGGCUAUUUUUGACCACUGUUUGACAUUUGCUGUGAACUUGGUGUGGCUUUCGUAACAUACCAAAUAAGAUUGUGAAAAGGCUUUUCGAAAUACAGUUCAUCUUCUGUGACCACCAAAGGGAUUGUGGCUAGAUGUUUGGAUUCCAAAUUGAUCAAGUGUGCCACAGCUGUAACCACACCUUCACGUCGCCUCAGAGCUCCAUUGCCUGGUGAUGAAUAGCUUUGAGCUGCAGUAUUCUUAGUAAAGGACCCUAGAAGGGGAGCUUUUGCCUGAUGAUAUUAACUUCUUCGGCCAAUCAAAUGGAACUACCACUUCGACUCUCCUCUCAUUGUAUUUUUAUGAAUGUGUGUACAUUUUCAGCAGUGACUUCUGUGUACUUUAGUUUCAUUUUAACUUGUUUACUUCUCUUUUAUAAUUUUUUUUUUACAUUUGUCUUGCUUUUUUCAGAUGAGACUUGGGGGAAGAAUAGGUGAUGGCUUUUGAAAUGGUAUAAAAAAAGGCAACUAGCCAUCUACCUUUGUCGUUCUAACCUCGGUGACCAUGUUUAUGCCAGUCACUGCCGUUUUUUCUUCAUGCUGUAUAAAACACACACACACACACACACACAUAUAUCUGUGUAUUUGUAACCUGAAUCUUCUUGUGUCUGUCCAUGCAGACAAUAAAAAAACUGUACAGUAGGUCUAGUUGCAUGUAAUCUGUACUAAUUAUUGACAAUGGCAUUAUAAAAUGCAAUAAAAAUACUUAUUACACUGUCUAA